CGCUACAUUAUUCUCAACCCAUACCGCGAACUUGUCAUCUUCCAAACUGUGACACCACUACUCUCGUCUCCUCUCCUCUACGCCGAACCCCCCGUGACACACUUCGCCAUAUUGCUUUCCGAAGCCCGUCGUCGUGCGCGCCGAGACGACUAGUUACACGACGGCCCCGUGUUCCUAUCCCGAAGGGGGGCUAUCGAGUGAACGUUUGUGUUUCCGGGAAUCGCCGUCAGGAACCGCUCGCGGUUCGAUAUAAGCGUGACUCUGACGUCACGCACUAGUCUAGUGUUGACGCGCGGCCAGAGGUCGCGAGCGUAUAGCGCGCGGUUUACGGGUCAGGUUAGGUUGCUGCGUCCACCCUCCCGGGAACGUGACAGCGGAUUUUUGGCGGUAUCCAGUUCCUUUUGAAACGCAGGUUUGCGCCGAGGAGUUUUGUACACAUUUUUCACACUUUCCCGCGCCGAUGUCAUGAUAUCGUGAAAAACAUGAUUCUGAACGUCGAGAAGAUAAUCAGUUGCUCGUCCGAGCACCCGUCCUAUCCCGCGUCCAAUCUCCUGGAACGUAAUUCGGAAAAAUGGAAGAAGACGUGGCGAUGCGCCAAACCGGGAGAGAUGCUGGCGCACGUAAUCUUUCAACUCGCCGAACCCUCUUACAUCACGGGAAUCGACGUUGGAAAUUAUCAGAGCUGCGUGGUGAUCGUCUCCGGAUCUACGUCAGCCGAUCCGGACAAUUGGUUGGUUUUAAUCAACCAUCAGUUUAUGUCCAAUGACGAGGCCUCGAGUAACAAGUUCAGGGACCAAGUACAAUUGUUUACCAAGAGAGAAUUGAACCCGGACACGUUGAAGACGAAAUUCGACCGCGUCAAGGUCACCUGUAUGCAAUCCGCGAAUUUGAAGGUUUUGUUCGGAUUGUCUUACAUCAUUCUGAGAUCAGAUCCAACGAUUGAUCUGGGGUUGGAUGUGUUUGGAAGAUUCAAAUUGAAGCAGCCGCACGCGGUGAAGACGCCUAUAGAAAUGAUGAGAGAAAAGCUUCUCAAUAAGGAAGAAACCGACGUCAAAACCAAUUACAAAGAAGAGUUGAACGAACAGAUAAAGAAGAUUUCCAAGAACAACUUCGCCAAGUGUCAGGAAGAAGAAGAAGGAAAAUCUAAGAAACGACCGUUGUUGGAAAAAUUGGAAGCCGGAGAAGCUGACGAGGUUUUUAAGAAGAUGAAGAAAGAUCAGCCGGAGAGCGCAAAAUUCAAGAACAAGUCGCCUGCCAAAGGUUCCAAGAACAAAACAGUCGCUAAGAGUCCGCAAAGUAAAAAUAAAACUGUGUCCAGAGAAGAGACGGUUGCGAAUACGUCUGAUAUCGGUGACAAUGACGACGAGAAAACCGUUGCGCCUUCAACUUCCAAGAAACAAUCGUCUCCGAGCAAUUCGGAGAAUUCGUCGGACAAAAAGCUCGACGAGAAGAAACGUCGAGACUGUUCCAGGUGUUGCGAGAAUUCUCAGGAUGAAAUUUGCGAGGUUUGUCAACGACUGUUGCCGCCCGAAAACGAUAAUCCGAAGAAAAUUCCGAAGAAAAAGAACGUACCGCAAAAACCAAAGAAACCGUUUAGGAAACUGUUCGACGACGUUACGUUCUCUCUAAGCGGAUACGUCAAUCCGCAGAGAGAUGAAAUCAGAAGAAAGGCUAUCGCAAUGGGUGCCAGAUACAUAUUCGAUCCAAAUACGAGCAAUAAAAAAUGCAGUCACUUGAUAUGCGCUUUCAAAAACACGCCCAAGUAUCAACAAUUGAAAAAUCACACCAAAAUAGUCUCCCAUAAUUUCAUCGAAGAGUGUUUUGAUAAAAAGACAAGAUUUCCUUGGAGACGAUACGCUCUGGAUCAAAGGGACAGAUCGCAACCGGAAAGCGAGGAGGAAAUAGACGGCAAUCAACCAGAAUCUGUAUAUGAUAUGAAAACUGAUCCCGAGUCCGAUUAAUACAAAGUUCAAUUUAGAUUUCGGUCGGAGAGUCUGUUAAUAUCACGUCUGUUUAACUUUUUUUCCUGAAGAUUAUAUAUUUUGAUAGCUAUAAAUCUCGAAUAUUGUGUGUGUGUGUUGUGCAUGUAAAUAAACC